AUGGACAACAGGAAGUUCCUGCGGAUAGGGAAGAGCGUGGUGCACGGGCGCACGGGGCCGCUGCGGGGGGACCUGGGGAACGCGGCGGAGGAGCAGGAGAGGGGGAAGGGCGCGCCAAAGGGUGGUAGCAGCGGUAAUGGCGGUAGUAGCAGCACCGCUAACAACGCCACUAACAACGCCGCUAACAGGGGCAAGCCGGCCGGAGAGGCCGCGCAGGACGAAGGCGCGCUGAACAGCCACUUCAACGCGGAGGAGAGCGAAAAUAACAGCGGCGACAUUUUCGAGCAGCUGCUGCAGAGGGAACUCGCCAAGGGGGCGCUCGGCGGAGGCGUGGUGGGGAAAAACGCGAGCAAGGUGAAGGGGGGCGUGGGGGAGGAGUGUGAAAAGGGGAGAGGCAGCGUUAAUGGAGCGUAUGACAAGAGGGAAAACGCGAGCCACAGCGCGGGUGGGGGGAAAAGGGGUGGCGGGAAAGCGGAGACAGAGGAUCCCACAGAGAACCCCGCAGAAAAUCGCACGGAGGAUCCAGCGGAGGACCCCACGGAAGACCUGUCCCAAAUCGACCUAACCGUGCGCGUAAACAGCAGCCAGGUGAAGUUCCGAAUGCACGGGUACAACCAAGUGAUCAAGUGCUUCUCGGGAGAAGGCAACACGAAGGAGAAAAUGGAGGUGGCCAAUCUGCUCUUUAAGGAAGAAGACAGCGUGCUCAAGUACCUAGGAGACAACAAUUUGAUCUGCCAAAUAAAGGCGGCCGAGAUGACGGCAGAGUACAUCCGGGUGCUUAAGGAAAUCCAUUUUUACAGUUUUAAGGAGGUGUACCCAAAUGAGGAGGAACUGACCAACUCGUUCGUAAACGAUGUGAAGAAUAAAUUAUUUGCCAUUUUUACAAAAAUCGAAAGGGUGCUAAUCGAGAAGAUCCUAACGAACGCCAAGUCCUUCGACAGUGGCUACAGCAUCGUGAGCAAGAUAAUAGAAUUCUGCUCGAGCGAUAAGGUGACUGUGAAUGUGCUAACUGUCUUGUGUGAGCAUAUGCAUGGCAUAUAUUUAAAGGCGAACAAAUCAGUCUCCAACAUAAAGGGGGUUAAAAUAAAGGUCAUCUCGUCGGUACUUCAACUGCUGCACAAACUGCUGAGCUCCUUUGGAGCAUCCGUCAUAUGCGUGAAGACGCUAAACAAGUUUUGUUUGAAAUUUAACGAAAUGGUAGACAAAAGUGUGAAGAGCAAUUUCUACCUCCUCUAUAUAGAAAUGCUCAGCCAGAUUAAAAACGCAGAAUUUCAUAAUUGCAUUUUGAACGAGCUGAAUAGCCAACAGAAGAACUACAUAACGAAGGAACUGCAGAAGGAGGAGUACCAAAGAGGGGCAGGGGCGAAGCCCUGGGUGAGUACCUACCUACUGAACCAGGGUAGCAGUGGUCAGGGGAAAAUCGGGGCAGAUGGAGAUGACCACCCGAAUGAUAGCUCCUUUUCCAACAAUUUAAGCAACCUAAUUGAGGAGGCAGACGUUUUCAAAGAAAUCUGCACAAAGCAGUGGGAGAAGAGAGUCCUCGAAGGAUGCAUUGAUAAGAACGUCAGCAGUGGAAAUAACAACAACAGUGGAAGCAACUCCUUGAGCAAUGAAAAUCUACUGCCAUGGAAAAUCAAAGUGGAAGCCAUCAAUCUGCUGUGCGACAAAAUGAAGGCCAAAUGUGCGAUUAAGAAGACCCCAUAUAUUAGCACCCUUUUAAGUAUGAUUAAUAAGCUUUUAAAAAAUGAGUCUGCCCUUCCUGUGGUUGUUUCCACGCUGAAGCUGCUCCACGUGUUCAUAGAAAAAUUUGAAAAGGAGAUUUACGCCACUGUGAAGUCGUUCUCUUUCAUCCUUUGUGCGAAGCUGAAGGACUCAAACAAGCAGGUGUCCAACGCGUGCAUGGAGUGCCUGACCAAGGCCAUCUGCGUUUACAAUAUGGAAAUCUUUAUCGACGAUUUGUCGAAGAAUCUGAAGGAUAAAAAUAAUAACACGAGGAUGGUUACCCUCGAGUUUUUGCUCAAAGUGUUUGAGCACGUCGACCGGAAGAACGUCGUCUCCAUCAUUGAGGUCACCAAGCAUUUGCUAAACGACACCGUGGCGAAUAUUAAGAACACGGCCUGCAAGAUGUACGCCCUGAUUGUCACUAACUUCGGGGAGGAGGUGCACCCCGCCUUCUUCGCCGCCCUCCCCGCGAAUAAGAAGAAGUCCAUUUUGGCGCUCUGCGUGGGGGGCGGCGUAGCAAGCGGUGGAGGAAGCGCUGUCGGAAACAGCGGUAUUGGAAGCGGCGUGGGGGGCGGCGUAGCAAACAGCGCCGGAGGCGGGGCGGGCCGGCCCCCCCACGGGGAAGACCCGCCCGGCGGCAGAUCAACCGGGGGGGCCGCCACCCAAGGGGACAACGUCGAACAGGUGCUGCCCAGGAAUAUCACGAAUAAUAUGAAAUCGAACAGCUACACCGCCAAAAUCGAAGCGAUAAACGAACUGACCAAAUGGAUCGGCUCCGAGAUGAACAUGGCCAAUGUGCACUUGGAGAACCUACUCAGCUUUAUAAAAAAAAACUGCUACGAUUUUAAAGGCAAGUACAUCCAGCUGAAUAACGCAGUGUACGAUUUUUUCAACCAGCUGGUAGAUCACCUGUACCAUUUUAACAUCCACCAAGGGAACAACCCGCACUUUGUGAAAGUCAUGAGCGUCCUCAUCCCGCUCUACAUGGAAAAGACAAAAGACAAAAGGGACAGCGUCCUCUGCAACAACUUCUUGCAGAAGUGCUUCCAAUAUUUCGAUAACAAUGUGGUGAUGGACAUCGUCAUAAGGAGCAGCGACGCUAAGAAUGCCAAGAAGUGCGAGGAGUGCAUCAAGAUGCUGCAGCGGUUGUUUCUCUUGAAGGCGGCGAACGUCGGGGCUAACACGGGACCGAAUACCGGAGCGGCCUCCUCUGGGAACGGCUCCCCCCCCAGCGUUAAUGUGAAGAGCCUCAUCUUCUUUUUGAAAAAAUUCGUCGACUCGAAAAAUACAAACCUGAAGAACUCCUCCAUCCUGCUGUUGCAGCUGCUCAGCAGGAACUACGGAGACAAAUAUGUGUUGUCUCACUUGGAGGGCAUCUCCGAGAGCGUGCGGCAGUCCGUCAAAUCGAAGGAGGACGUGGAGCGCUUCGUGCAGAGGCAGGGGCUGCAGUCCUCGCUGCAGUCCUCCGCCUCCCUGGUGCGUGCAGCGGAUGCCAACAAGUGCAGCGGUAGCAGUGUGAGUGCCGGGGAGAUGGGCAAGAAGCAGGUUGGCGGUCAGGCCAGCGGUCAGGCUACCGCCCAACAUAGCAACCGCCACGCCAAGUGGGGGGAGGCCAACCAAGAGGAACCCCUUGCAGGGGCCCAGAGCAACACGGUCGAAAUAGACUACUCGAACACGUAUCUAAAUUACAAGAGCACCAAAAUUGUUGCGAAGAAGGAGGACGGAGGGGAGCAGUUCCCCGCGCGCACGAAAGAGUCAGAAGCCCAGGAGCAGUGGAAGGGGGCAAAUCGGAACGACCAGGAAGACUACGACGAAGGGGAGGACGACCCGGAAGACGAACAGGGGGAAGAUGAAGAGGAGGAAGAAAAAAUGGUAAACAUAAGUGACCUGGUUAGGCAGCACGUGAGCCAUAUAAUGAGCGAUGGAAACGAAAGAAGUAGCCACAUUAGCAAAAUCAUUAACGUAAUAGAGAAAGUGGGCAAAUAUUAUAUCAACCCGGAGAGGCUAGAAGUCCUCAUUAACAAACACACCAUGCACAAGAUUCUAAGCAUCAGUAAGAGCAAGUGCGCGGAGCUCCUCUACGUGCUCAUGUUUUCCCUAAGAGAUAAUGUGCACCUGUUCGUGGAUACCCUCCUGGAUUGCAUAGUGAAGAUGAUUGAUGAUGCGGAUGUUGGCCUAGAACAGAUCGACAAGUUACUCUCCUGUUUGUGUAAAAACGUGGGGAUUUCAAAAUACAUUGGGUAUAUAAACGGAUUCAUUAUGAGCGAGAAAUUGAGCAACAUGCGGGAGGAGGGGGGAGCUGCCCCCAUGUAUGCUAGUGGUCAAUCCAGUGGCCGCUUAGACAACCAAGGAAGGAGAUCCCCCAAGAGGAACAAAAUACAUGUGCUCAUCAGUAACAUUAACACGAAUCAUAUUCUUCUCCUAAACGAAAAAGUCAUUAAGAAGAAGGUCCUCGGGUUUUACUUGGACCUUUUUUUUGAUGACUGCGAGGAGGUUAGACAGAAGUCUAGCCAAGUGUUAGAUCAUAUCUAUGCAAAGUACAAGGGAGCGAUUUUUUUAGAAAUUUAUGAAAAGUUAUCCCUCCACAAGAAGGAGUGUCUCCAGGAUAUUAUUAACCAAAUGAAAGCAUCAAAAGAGGACUUUUCCUUUUACGCCAUUCUGAUGAGUAACCAUUCCCAGUUGAAGAGGCUUUCAAACAACGAGAGCAAUUUGAGUGGCCCAACGCCCACGCUGUCCAAAUCGAGGAGCAUCAAGAGACUUAGCUCCAUCAGCAAGAAUAAAAUUUUAAAAAUCGAAUUCCCGCCGCAUCACAAAAUAAAGGCGGACGGCCUAAAAUGGGAGAAGCACUUUGACCAGGCGCACGCCAACUACCUCACGCGGGAGUUCAAGCCCUUCAGCAGCCCGGAGCUGAUUGUGCACAUGUUUAGUGACAACGCGAAUGUGGUGAACAGGAGCAUCCUCUUCUUCAAGGACUACCUGAGCAACAGCUCCAACCAGUCGACGCUCUUCUCCAAAUCUGGCUUCCUCGGCCUGCUGCUCAAGUGGAUCUUCUACACCCUGAAUGGCCACCAAAGCAGCCACGAGCUGCUCUGCGCGUGCGUAAAUUUGCUGAGGAUAAUUCUGAAGACGAUCGAGGACAACUACGUGUACCUGAAUGAGCAGGAGCUGGUCAUGGUGGUCAACUUCAUUUGGGACCGCAUGAACGCCGCGGCGACCUCCUCGGAGAUGAGAAAAAAGCUGAAGGAGAUCCUCCUCUGCCUGUGCUACAUCUCGGACCACAAGCUUUACUUCUCCCUCCUGCUGAAGAACCUUUCGUCGUGCAAUCAGAAGCGCAUAUGCGACUCGCUGGACCUGAUUUUGAAGCUGCUGAUUCUGUACAAGGAGAAGUGCCUCCACGUGGAGAAGGACGUGAUGAAGAUUUUGCAGGUCUUCACCGUUCACAGCAAAAACAAAGGCGUCACCAUGUGCUGCCUGAAGAUCUUUGCGAACAUCCAGUCCUUCUGCCCCGGCUUCUACAAGUGCAUUGACAACGACGACAUCUCGACCUACCUGAAGAGGAAAGUCGACGAGUUCGUUGAGAACUGGCCGGAUUACAAAAUUUGCCCGAAGGACACCGAGGACGAGGAAAAUAACAGCUCCUACCAAAGCGACGACUCCGAAGGCAUCCCCAAGGAGGAGGGAAACCGCGAGCUGGCGGCCUACUUGAAGAACAACACAAGCCAGAGGAACUCCAUAAGGAAGGAAGUGGAGGGACACGUGAGCGAGUUCCGCAGAAACGUGGAGGAAGUGCUGGAGGUGAAAAAGAAAAUCGAAGAAAUCGAAAUGGACCGGACGAACGAAAGCUACAUGAACGACCAGAUCUCCUACGUGAGCAUCUCCAACAGUUUGAAGUUUGCCAUGGAGGGGAACAGCUACUCGAGGAACAAAGAAAUAUUUCACAUUUUGGAAUCUAAAAAUAGUGAAAAGGUGGAGGGGUCAAAUAGUUAUGAGAAUUCGCUCAUCUAUUUCCGCUUCGUGUAUUUGGCCUCUUUCCUCUACUCCAAUGAUGUGGAGACCAUUUCGAGGGUGUGCCGCCUCAUCGUGGAGAACAUCGUGCAGGUCGGGAAGAAAAGCAAAAACGGGAACUUCAUCCUGAAGGAGAGCGGGAACUACAUUUUCAAAAACUUCGGCCUGUUCAUCACCCUGAUUAAGGGCGCCAACUACUCCCUGAGGUUCCUCUUUAAGAAAAGUUUUGCAAAAGAUAUAAACCAAUCGUUCGUUCACUUCAAUGCGAUUUUGAGCAACGUCCUCUUGGUGGACAUCCUAAUGAAGAAGAAAAGUUGCAUCGCCAGACUGUCCUUCAACCACUUCUCCUUUUUUUUUAUAAACACCAUCGUCUGUUUGAGCAUAUACACCAAGGUCAUUCACACGAACAAGAGCAUUUAUUUUUUUAAAAAUGGAUCAACUGCAAGAAGUCUAGUGACAAGCAUACUAAAUAAUCUCCUAGGGAGAGAAUUUCUUACGAGCCACUCCAAACUGCUGGAAUAUGUCUGCAACGUUUCUCUAAACCUCGGGUUUGAUAUAAUGAAAAAUAAAAAGAUCCUCUUGGAUGACCUGACCGACACGAGUGAAUUCUACAUCUAUACAAAUACUUACAUCAAAAUAUUAAACAAAAUUUAUAAAAAAAUUAUGAACAAAAUUUGUGAGGAAGAUAGGAAAGACAACCCAUUCGUGUAUCGGAUUCUACAUCUGUUGUUUUUAAAUUUGCACCGCUAUGACAUUUAUUUGGGUAGGAUGCAGGGCGAUCGGGGCAGGAAGAGGAAGAUGGAGGGAGAGCAGAAUGAGGCUUCCUUUGGGGGGAGCCACAACUCGGGGUCCUUUUACGGCAAGAAGGUAUGCAACGGGGAGAGGCUCAGUGGGGAUGCCGCUAUAGGGGGGGGCGCCGUCUUCCCGGGGGAGAACUCCGACCAUUCCGUUUUUGACUGCCGCGCGGUUUAUUAUGAGAACUUGGGCGGGGCACCCCCCGGAGAUGCCAUUCCCACCGGGGGGGGUGGCGGUGCAGUGACUGCUGGAAGUGGUGCAGUGAUUCCCGGCAGCGGUGCAGUAAUUCCCGGCAGCGGAGGCCUCGGCGCGGGCAGGGCGAGCAACGCGGGAAGGGGCGGCCUCCCCCCAAGAGCCAGCAAUGGGCAGCCUCGACCGAGCAAUGGGCAGCCUCGACCGAGUAACACACAGCCUCGACCGAGCAACACGCUUCUUCGACCGAGCAGCGCGCAUCUCCGACCGAGCAACACACAGCCGCGACUGAGCGGCACCAGCAGGACGGCGAGCGUCACCCAGGAGGCAGAGCACGAGCCCAGCGGGGAGGCGGCCCAGCGAGCGGGCAACAACACAGACGAGACAACUCCCCACUCGAGGGAAGAAGCAAACAAAGUGCACGCAAGCAGAAUGGACUUCAUGACCAAAUAUCUUUUUUUCAUUCAACUGAUCUUCUAUGGGAUUAAAAAAAACAACCCCCUAAUAUUACUAGCGUAUGUAACUCACGAAAUAAAAAAAAGCUACGCAAUGAACCUGACUUACUAUUAUGGCAAAAUGGAGGUGCUGCUGAACAAAGACGUAAGGAACUGCGUGCCAACGAUAAAUGUAAACACGUCGGGAGAGUUCUACGGGCUGGACUUUUCCUUUCAGAAGUUUCUAGAUGAGCAUGAGCAUCUGCAAAGGUUGGAAGAACCCAUUUUGAGUUCCUACAAGGAGGUAUUCAGUCAGUAUGCUACCCUCGACGCGGAAUCGAUAUACAACAGUUUUGAUCUAUCCAUCGAUGAGGUGGUAAAUAAAAAAAGGGAAUUCCUGGAAUCUCUAAAAAUGAUGAAUGUGAAUGAAGUGGCGUUCAACUCUAGCAAAUAUGAGCACUUGAAGGCGGCCAUUUUGGAGUACAUCAACGAGCUGCAGAACACCGAGGUGCUGGACGAUCUGCAGAGCGUCGACCAUGCGUCGGAUUAUGACUUUCUCUGCACCAUGUAUAGGAUUCCGAAGGAGGUGGAGAGGCAGCCCCCGGGGGGGGGAAGCGGCGUAAAGGAGGGCGGCGAAAAGGGGGACCAUUCAAAGGGGGAUGGCGUAAAAGGAGAAGGCGUAAAAGGAGAAGGCGAAGGAGACCCCCGCGCGGACAAACCAAGCGACGCAGAUGUGGCCCAGCGGGAUGAUCAGAAGGGGCCCACUUUGGGGAACGGGGCGAGGGAUGUACAGGAGCGGAAGGAUGAAGACACCCCGGGGAAACCCAAUCAAAGGGGGGAAGAAGAAGAAGACAACCCGGGGGAACCCCAUCAGCGUGGGGAAGACACCCCCCCACAUGGGAACAUCACCCAGUUGAGCUUUCCCGAAAAGAAAGAAGUGACUUUCAUUAGUCGAAGCAUUUACCUACGAAACGACACCGUGGAAAAUAUAGACUUGCACGAACUGAAACUGAAAUGUGAUUCUACGCUGAGGGAGGCGCACGGUGGUCUGGCUGGGGAGAAGGCAGAUCCCCCGUUCGGCGUGAAAGACAGUAGAGAGAGUGGAUCGCAUCAGAGCGGUGCUAACCCAGGGGUGGUCCCCAAAGAAGGAAUGGAAAUCCACUCGGGGGGGGAGAAACACCACCCCAGUGCCGCCUACGAUAAGAAGGACCCUCUAAAUAUUUUUAACAAUAGCAAAUUUGAAACAUGUGGAAGACGUGUGGGGGGGCACAAUGAAGAUCCGCUGCAGACGGAGCGGCAAAUACGGGGGAGCCAGGCUGAGCAAAGCCACUUUCACUCAGACCCGAGCAAAUACCAAGUGGAACAGAAGCACUCAAGUAAUAACCCGCACAGUGCUUAUAAGCAUGCACACGCUGAAGAGGACUCACAAGGGAAUAAAACGGAUUAUCACAUUAGCGUUUGUGCAGCGGAAGGGGAGAGUAAAGGAAGGCAGCUCGAUGGGCAGGGGAGCUUCUCCAUGGAAAGAACCUCUCCGCAUGGGGGAUCAAUCGAGUCAGCGGCAGGGCAGGGCUUUCCCCCGGUACCCCCCGCUCAGAUGACUCAACAGGGCAGACUUCGCAACAGCGAAGAGGCGGUGAGGAAAACACAAAUGGGAGUUGGCGAUUUUGCGAAAGAGAGGCCCAGUGCAGACCUGAGGGGGAGCACCCUCAGAAGCAACACCCUUAGAAGUAACACCCCACGAGCUCUCCACGCGGAUCACACACUGGCUGUGGAGGAGAAACCCCAGUGUGUGCUCAAGAGGGGCAAGUCGAACGACGGGAAAUACAAGUGGUCUGAUUAUGGAGGGUCCACUGUAAUGAGGGGAGACAGGCAAAACGGCUCUUCAUCCUGCGCAGUAGCCGCCACGGGAGGGGACCACGGCAGACCCCUUACAAAGUCCAAAACGAAUGUAAAGUAUUUAAUAAAGAAAUAUGAAAGUCAGAGGGACAUUGUGGGUGCAUCUCACAGCGUGAAAUCAGCGUCCAUUUCUUCGAGGGGCAAAAAUGCAGAAUCCCUAACCACCGGCAGCAACGGCAGUAGCACCUUCAACGGGGGGGCAACCCAUCACCACAGAAGCAGAGCAAACAGAGUAGAUAACCCAAUCGGUAAUAGCAAGGUGCCUUCUUUUCAAGUAGAUAAGAAGAAAAAAUACCUGUACGAGCGGAGCAUGAGCAGCUCAUCAUUUGACGUUAAGGCGAAAGGAGGGGGGGACAUCCAAAACACCUCCAACAGCGUGAGGCAAAAUGCUAUCAUAAGACGUUCUGACGUUGGCAAGAAUUUCUCCAACACGCCCUUCCUCCAGAAGGGAGAGAAAAGGAGCUUUCCCCACGCGAGUCACAGCAACAGUGUGAGCAGCCGAAACGAGGCCGCCGCCACUGCGACUGCCACUGCCACCGCCACCGCCGGUGCCAACUCGAAGAGCCACGGCGCGCCGCCGAGUCAUUCCGCGAAGAGAAAAAAUAACAUCGGUAUUUCAAUUCCAUUAAAAAAAAGUAUAUUAAGAAUGCUCUCCGUUUGUUCUGCGCGAGGCGCGCGGGAUGUGUGUGUCCGUCCCCACAGCUGUGUGUUUGUAAAUGUGUUUGCGCAGAUGGGCGUGUUUUGCGUGCCAUUUAUAUAUGCCAGUUGUGUACGCCUGUUUUGUAUGCCCAUUUUGUGUGCCUCUUUUAUAUGCUGUUUUUUUUCCCCCUCCCUGCAGAAAACCUGA